UGAGCCAAUCACAAGAAAUGGUUGUUAUACUCACGGGUGCAUCGAGAGGUACGUGCGUGCAUCUAACAAGCUCAUAGCAUCUCUUUCCAGCCCAGCCAAAAGCAUUGCAAUUCUAUAUUCCUUCUCGUCUUCAAGUACUGAAGGAGUGCAAAAGCUACCACGUUGCAACUACUUUUCUGUACAAAGUGGAAAGAAGAUAUUGUGAUAGUAAGAUUCAUCUCUUACUAACCCGUCCAAAUAGGAAUCGGUCAGGCAAUCGCCCACCAUCUGCUCUCCCGCAACCACAAGCUGGUGCUCGUAUCACGAACCCAGUCAGCUCUCGAAGCCCUGCAAUCUGAAUAUGGUUCUGAAAAAGUCGCCGUGCUCGCUGGAGACAUGUCCGACGCUUCGUUGCCUGAAAAAGCUGUAGCUUUGGCAAACGAGAAAUGGGGACGUCUCGACUCGUUGAUCAUCAACCAUGGGUCUUUAGAUCCAGUGAAGAAGGUGGCUGAUACUAGUGCUGAGGAAUGGAGAAAGGGAUUCGAUGUCAAUGUUUUCAGUGCUGUUGGUUUGAUCCAAGCUGCUCUCCCUUCUCUGCGCAAGACCCAGGGCCGUAUCCUCCUAACCUCCAGCGGCGCCGCAACCUCCGCUUACCAAGGCUGGGGCUGCUAUGGUGCCGGAAAAGCGGUACUAAACCACCUAGCCCUUACCCUCUCAGUCGAAGAACCUUCUGUUACAACAAUCUCUAUCAGACCAGGCGUCGUAGACACGGAGAUGCAACGUGAGAUCCGAGAAGUGCAUCACGAGCGAAUGAGCGGAAAGGAUAGAGAGAAGUUCAGUGGACUGAAGAGCGACGGAGGGCUUUUGAAGCCAGAACAACCGGGUUAUGUCAUUGCGAGACUGGCUGUUGGAGGUGACGAGGUCAAGAGCUUUAACGGCAAAUUCCUAAGCUGGAACGACGAAAGCUUGGACAAAUUUCAAGAGGAUUGAGAUAAGAUGAUUAUUAGUCAGAUCAUUUCGUGGUCGUUAUCAUAAGGAAGCAUCUAUCUACAUGUACGCCGUGAUCAUGGUAGCCAAAGGCCCUCUGUAGCAAGUUUCUCAAACUCAAAUGUACGCCUGUACACC